GCCUCGACCGGUCCCGUCCCGGCCAGCAUCCGCCCCAAGCUGAGCAGCCCCAUCCAGCCCUUCGCCCUCGGCUGUGCCGUCCUCAAGGCUCUCCAUCUCCACAACACCCUGCUCAGCAACAGCGGCGAUGCCGUCGCCCCGAUCGUACUCGCUGUUGUCCUGAGCACCAUCCUGUUUGUGGCCAACUUUGCUCUGCGUCUGAGUCUGCGCGAGCAGGUCGAAUCGUUGCAUAUUGUGAAGCUCAAGGGCCCCAAGAACACCGAGAUGCUCCCUGCCCCCGAGCCCGAGUCCACCUGGUUCGAGAACCUGUUCUUUGUCUGGAUGGACGGCCCUCUCAGCCGCGGCUACAAGACCCCCCUGACCAAGAAUGACCUCUUUGACCUGCUCGAGAGCGACAAGUCUGCCAGAGUCAACCGUGUCUACCGCGAGCAGUACAAGAACAAGCACAAAAGCCUCAUCUCUGGCCUGUUCAUGAUGGAGUUGAGAAUCUUUCUGAUCCAGCUCGUUUUGGGCUUCUUUGUUGCCCUGCUUGUGUUCUCGCCGGCAUACUGUCUGUACCAAAUCAUGAGCUACAUCCAGAACCCGAACGGCCGUCCCAUUACCGUUGGCUUCUUCUGGGUGUUCCUGGCUCUGUUCUUGGCAAACCUGAAUGCGGUUGCCAACAACCAGCUCAACUAUACAGCUAGUAGCAUUUACUUUCAAGUUCGUGCUGUCCUGAUCAACGAAAUCUUCCAGAAAUCUCUCCGCCGCAUCUCUGCCAAGGGCAAAUCCAAGAAGGACGAGGACCAGUCGACGGGCAAGCUCGUCUCGCUCAUGUCCAUGGACACCGAGAAGCUUGCCGAGGCCAGCCAUUCGGCCGAGCUUGUCCUCACCACCUUCAUGCAAAUCGUCGUUGCGAUCGGUGCACUGUACAGCUUCCUAGGCUGGUCGGCGUUGAUCGGUCUCUCCAUCAUGGUCUUCACCAUUCCCCUCACCAGCCUCAUCACUACGAGACUCAACAAAUCUUACGAGGCCCUCAUGGAGAAGGCCGACAAACGCAACACCCGGACCCUCGAGGCUCUGCAGGCCAUCCGCAUCAUCAAGUUCUUUGCCUGGGAGCCACAGUUCCUCAAGCGCAUCGGCGAGACCCGUGAUGUCGAACUCAGCGAGCUCCUCUCGUUCUUUGUUUCGCUUGGCAUGAACGUCAUGCUCUGGUCGUUUGUGCCGGUGAUUGUUGCGGUUGUUACCUUCCUGAGCUACACCCUGAUCGCUGGCCACGACAUGGAUGCCACCACGGCAUUCACUUGCCUCAGUCUGUUCAACGCUCUCAAGUUCCCCCUCGCAGUUUUCCCUGACACACUUUCGGAGGCAAACCGUAUCGAAAAGUUCCUGAACGAGCCCGAGCUCCAAAAGUUCUCCGACGACCUGCCCGUUUCUCACCCCACCGGCAACACCGAGCCCUGGACCGACCCUGUUGCCGUCGAGUUUUCGCAGCAGACCUCCGAGACCACGCCGCUCCUCGGCUCGGAGCAGCCGGCUUCUGGUGCGGACGACUCGUCCGAGCCCAAGUUUACCCUGCGCGGCCUCAAGAUCAGCUUCCCUCUCGGCAAGCUCAGCACCAUCUGCGGCUCCACCGGCUCCGGCAAGUCCUCGAUCAUCCAUGCCCUCCUCGGCGAAAUGAAGUCGCUCCAGGGCAGCGCCAACCUGACCCGUCUCACUCGCAGCCACCGCUCCAAGGGCGGCAUCGCCUUUGUCGCCCAGACCGCCUGGCUCGCCAACGCCACGAUCCGGGACAACAUCCUGUUCGGCGAGCCCUACGACCAGCUCCGAUACGCCCGCGUGAUCGAAGCCUGCGCCCUGUCCAAAGACCUUGCCUCCUUCGAGUCCGGAGACCUGACCGAGAUCGGCGAGAAGGGCAUCAACCUGUCGGGCGGCCAGAAGCAGCGAGUCUCGCUCGCCCGCGCCGCGUACUCCCGGGCCCACUACAUCCUGCUGGACGAUCCGCUCUCAGCCGUCGAUGCGCCCACAGCCAAGCAUCUCUUUGACAAGUGCAUCACGGGCCUGCUCAAGGACCGCACCCGCAUCCUCGUCACCCACGCCACCAGUCUGGCCCUUCCCGCCACCGACUACCUCGUCGUCAUCAACCAGGGCCAGAUCCUCGACCAUGGCUCGGUCGCCGAGGUCUCCCAGAACCGCGAGGUCGAGACCAUCAUCGCCAAGGAGAACCUCGAGGCAGUCUCGCUCCAGCCCGAGUCCGACCCCGACGCUGGCGAGCUCGACGUCGACCUCACCGACGAGGAGCUCCUGAGCCGCAACUACUCCAACGGCAAGACGCCCGAAGACGCCAAGAAGCUCAUCGAUGCCGAGGCUUCCAGAACCGGCGCAGUCCAGGGCAGCGUCUACUACUUCUAUCUGACUGCGGCAGGCGGCUUUGGUGUCAUCGUCGCCUACCUCGGUAUAAUUCUUGUGCAGCGAUCGGCCCAAGUGCUGGCCGACUACUGGCUCAAGGUCUGGGCCGAUGCCUACAACCAUGCCAACGAGCUCAACACGAUGUUUGCCGUGACGCUCUCGGCCCCGCUGUCCCUCAGCUUCCUCAACCCAGUCUCAGGCAACGACAGCAACACCCUUGUCGAUGGAUCGUCCGGCCAGUCCGUCAAUGUUGCCUACUAUGUCCUUGUGUACGCCCUCAUCAAUUCGUGCGUCCUCUUUCUCAUCAUCACCAACUUUGCCUAUCGCAGCUGGGUUGGCUACAAGGCUGCCAAGAAGCUGCACGACCAGCUCAUCACUCGCAUCAUGUAUGCGCCGGUGCGCUGGUUCGAUGUCACCCCGCUCGGCCGCAUCACCAACCGCCUCUCCAAGGACAUUGGAACCAUCGACCGUAACCUGAUCAACACAUGCGCAAUGUUUUUCCUUAUCCUAGCAAGCGCCAUCACCACCCUCAUCGUCAUCGGCACCGUGACACCGAUCUUCCUCGCCGUGAUUCCCUUUGUUGCCUACAUUUACUACAGGAUUGCAAUCUACUACCUGGCUUCAAGUCGCGAGCUCAAGCGAAUCCAUAGUAACAGCCGCAGCCCCAUCUACAGCACCUUCAGCGAGUGUCUCGUUGGCGUGUCGACCAUCCGCGCCUAUGGACACGAGGCCCGGUUCAUCGAGGACAACAUGAUCAAGGUCGAUGAAAACAACAGGGCAUAUCGCAUGCUAGGUCUUUCGAAUCGCUGGCUGUCGGUCCGGAUUGCCCUGAUCACCUCGUUGAUCACUUUCACUGCCGGUGUUGCCAUCAUUUGGUCCAAGGACCUGAUCGGCGUGGGACUUGCCGGUCUCAGCUUGACCUGGGCAGCCACCAUCGCAGAAAACUUGCUCUGGAUUGUUCAGGUUCACUCGCAGAUGGAGCUGAACAUGAACUCGGUCGAGCGUGUGCACGAAUACCUCGAGAUUGACCAGGAAGCCCCCGCCGUCAUCGAGACAUCGCGUCCUCCUCCCGGCUGGCCUGCCAAGGGCCACGUCCAGUUCAACGACGUUGUCGUCCGCUAUGCCCCCGACCUGGAUCCCGUCCUCCGCGGGGUGUCCUGCGAGUUCAAGGGCCGCACCAAGGUCGGCGUCGUGGGACGGACCGGCGCGGGCAAGUCCACGCUCACCCUGGCGCUGUUCCGCAUCAUGGAGCUUUCCGGCGGCAGCAUUGUCAUUGACGGCGUCGACAUCUCCAAGAUUGGGCUGCGCGACCUCCGCCAGAAGCUCACGAUCAUCCCGCAGGAUCCCGUCCUGUUCACGGGCGACAUCCGCAGCAACCUCGAUCCCUUUGGCGAGCACUCGGACGACCGGCUCUGGUCGAUCCUGGAGCGCGUGCGGUUCCUGAACACUCUGCAGGCCAAGCUGGACGGCAGUUCGUCGAGCGACAACCUGCCCGCGCAGACAUCCGAGAACCAAGGCCAGACCCAAGUCCAGGGCCAGAACACCCGUGCCGCCGCCGAGGCGUCCGGGUUCUCCCUCGACACCUCUGUCUCCGAGGGCGGGUCCAACUUUAGCCAGGGCCAGCGCCAGCUGCUGUGCCUGGCCCGAGCGCUGCUCAAGGAGUCGGCCAUCACCGUGCUGGACGAAGCCACGGCCUCGGUCGACAACGAGACCGACGCCUUCAUCCAGGAGACGAUCCGCGGAUCCGAGUUUGCCAACUCGACGGUGGUGUGCAUCGCCCACCGCCUCCGCACGAUUGCCGACUACGACUCGGUGCUGGUCCUCAGCCACGGAGAGGUGGCCGAGUUUGGCACGCCCUUUGAGCUGAUGCAGCGCGAGGAUGGAGUCUUCCGCAAGAUGUGCCAGGACUCGGGCGAGUUUGAAGAGCUCGAGAAGAUGGCCCGAGCCCGGGAUCAAGCCAAGAAGGCCCUCUGAGCCCGCCCUCAUCCCGGCCAGUGUGCUGGUCAACAACAAUCCGAGCGGGUGCCCAGCUGCUGUGAUUUGCGAUUUCUGUUUUUGUUAUUGUGUUGGGAUACCGGACUGGUUGGAGCACUGUGCCUAUUAGACACCGAUGUGCUUGUGUGGUUGACUGCUUGUGAGUGAUUGGAUGUUUCAGUGUGCCGUUCUGGUGUAAUAGGGUGGUUUUUGGUAGAUUCGAUCGCUCGACUGAGAGCUCUGUCAAAUGAGAGUCUUUGUGACAUCUAUGAUAUUUCUUAUGUUCAUUCAAAUCAGAAUGCCCCAUGAAUGAUAAUAAACAACCGACUUGGCGACGACAUCCCAGAUUGUU